GAGAUGUAGUUCAUUUACCAUAUCUAUAUGCUUUUACUAUUAAUAGUCUACGAAAUUAUGAUACAAGUCAAUAUAACCUAGAUCAAUACAUAGUUAAUGUUAUUGAAAAAGAGUUAGCUACAAUAAAUCCAUUUGUUCAAGAUUUAUAUUAA